UCCCCACGUGUCUAUCUCCAUGCUUCUUUGGCUAUUCUUUAAAAGGGAAACGACCACCUCCUGAUUAUUCUCUUAUUGACUAAGCUUCUUCCCUCUCUCAUUAACUUUCUGAAAUCUCAAUCUCACUUAAUCAAAUCUUGUUUCUUUUGGUUCUGUUUCUGUGUGGACGUCCACUAAUGGAUUCUCAGGACAUCAGGUACCGUGGCGGAGACGACAGAGACGCCGCAACGACGGCUAUGGCCGAGACGGAAAGGAAACACGCUGACGACAACAAAGGGAAACUCCAUCAAAAAAGGGCCAUGGCGAAACGCGGUCUCAGGUCUCUGACCGUAGCAGUUGCGGCUCCUGUCCUCGUGACGCUCUUCGCCACGUUUUUCCUCGGCACAAGCGACGGCUACGGGAACCGUGCUCGGUCAUCGUCAUGGAUCCCACCUCUAUGGCUCCUACACACCACGUGUCUCGCGUCGAGCUGUCUCAUGGGCCUGGCUGCGUGGCUCGUAUGGGUCGACGGUGGUUUCCACAAGAAGCCUAAUGCUUUGUAUCUUUACUUGGCUCAGUUUUUAGUUUGUUUGCUUUGGGAUCCGGUUACGUUUCGGCUCGGGUCGGGAAUAGCGGGGCUUGCGGUGUGGUUGGGUCAAUCUGCGGCGUUAUUCGGGUGUUUCAAGGCCUUUAGUGAGAUAAGCCCGGUCGCUGGUAAUUUGGUAAAGCCGUGUCUGGCUUGGGCUGCGUUUGUAGCCGCUGUUAAUGUAAAGCUUGCAAUCGCGUAAACGUCACCAUGUUUGUUUGUAGAGAGAGAGAGAGAGUCAUGUAAGCGUUUUUUUAUGAGUGUUGGGGUUUUUUUUCUUGUGUGAUAUAUAUAUACAUAAAAAGAUGUCUUGCGAUCCAAUGUUCUGCUCAUUGUGGAGUAACAGACAUGAACUUGAUA